AUGAGAAAGGGAUUAAAAACCAUUUUGUUUGCUUCAUUUUUAUCUUUAUGUACUAUGAAGGCUGUUAUUUGGCAAAAAAAGGAGAAUCAACGCAGGAGGCACGCUGCCGUUUUGAGGGAUAUUUCCAGGAGAUCAGAGAAGAUGGCCGAGACCUCCUGA